ACUCUGUCAUAAAUUUUCUAGUUUUUUAUACAAUUCGAUUCAGAUUCACAAUCAACCAGCAUUUAUAGAAAUCUGCCAAGGCCGUUGCGGUGUAUUGUCAAAGUUGUGAAGGCGCAAGUGAAACAUCAUCAACCAAAAUGGGGGAAGAGAAAAAGCCAGGACGAAAUCUUGUCUCUUAAUUGUAAAAUCAUAUUAUGAAAAGCUUUAAAAAAUUUAGUAUCAAACACAGAUGUAAUCAUUGACAAUGCAAGGUUUAUGGAAUCUUAUUGGAAAAGGUCAAGGACCUGGUAGAGACUUCUGCUAUGAAAUAGGAGAGCAAAUACCUGGGUUUGAUGGAAAGUCUGUAUGGAGCAUUCAUUCAGGAAAAAACAAAACCAAUGGCACACCUGUAACAAUCUUUAGCUGUGAUGCCAAAGUUGCACCACCAGAUGAGUUUCAAGUCGCUAAAGGUGCCUGCAAACGACUUAGAUCGAUAAGACAUCCAAACAUUCUUAGAUUUAUCGACUCAUAUGAGAGUGAAGCAUUGAUUUAUAUGGUAACUGAAAAAGUUAUUCCUUUGGCAAAUUUCAUCGAGACAGAAGAUGGAAAGAACCAGUGUAUUCUUGCAUGGGGAGUGCACCAAAUGGCAACAGCUUUAAGUUUUCUGGUAAAUGACAGCGGUCUUUGCCACGAAAACAUAAAUCUCUAUGCAGUGUAUGUUGAUCCUGCUGGUGAAUGGAAACUAGGUUCUGUAGAAUAUGUCCAUAACCAAGGCGCCGAUCCAGUUGCAAAACUACCCAGUUUAGGAAGGUACGACCCACCAGAAGGAAAAUCACCAAGGAAAAGGGAACAUUGGUCAACUGAUUCUUGGGGGCUCGGCUGUCUACUCUGGGAAAUAUUCAAUGGGCCAAUGAAAAAAGCUAGUGAAUUAAAAGCGGUUAGCAAGAUCCCCAAGAAUUUAUUGUCGCAUUACUGUGAGCUGGUCACAGCAAAUCCAAAAUCUAGGCUCAAUCCAAGAGAAUUUCUGCACAGAUGCAAAACCCCUUGUCAAUACCUCGAUGAUGAUUUCGUCAAAGCCAAUCUCUUUCUCCAAGAAAUACAGAUUAAGGAUGUUAGCGAGCAAAAAGAAUUCUUCCAGUCACUCAACAAGUCUUUGGAUGUUUUUCCAGUCGCAUUUUCAAUUCACAAAAUUCUGCCAGAGCUUCUUAAAGCGUUUCAGUUUGGUGCUGCUGGCUCUUCGGUGCUCGGACCAUUAUUUAAGAUCGGGAAACUUUUAGACGAAGAGGAAUAUCAAAAGAAGAUUGUUCCAUGCGUUGUGAAGCUUUUCUCUUCGAACGAUCGCGCAACUAGAAUUCAACUUUUACAACAGAUGGAUAAAUUUGUACACCACUUACAGCCAGCGUUAGUCAAUGAUCAGGUUUUCCCUAAUGUUGCUACGGGAUUUGGUGACACUUUGCCAGCUAUGAGGGAGCAAACAGUAAAGUCGAUGAUACUGCUGGCUCCAAAGUUAUCAGAAAAGACCAUCAACAAUCAGUUACUUCGAUAUUUCGCCAAACUUCAAAUGGACGAACAGCCUGGCAUUAGAACAAACACGACGAUAUGUCUGGGAAAAAUAGCUACCUAUUUACCAGAGACAACUCGACAGAAAGUCUUGAUUCCAGCUUUUCUGAGGUCAUUGCGCGACCCAUUUCCCCCUGCGAGGUCUGCUGGUAUUCUCGCUCUUGCUGCCACUCAAGAUCUUUAUACGCUCCAAGAUAUUGCCUGCAAAAUUCUUCCGUCGCUCUGUUCGGCCACUAUAGACAACGAAAAGGGCGUGAGAGAUAACACCUUCAAGGCGAUCAAGACGUUUGUAAAUAAAGUCGAAGAUGCAUCAAAUAACCCGGGCAGCAACCUUAAUGUCAAAGGUAAUGAAGGCUCGCAAGACGCUGCUAAAUCGUCGUCUUGGACUGGAUGGGCUGUCUCCUCUCUGACGUCUCGUAUUUACGGAGGGCAGCAAGGAACAGCCGGCCAAGGGACACAAGCCCCAGGGACACCGGGUCAGGGACCUCUCACUGGAAAUGCAAAAGCAGAUACACAUUUAGAUUCAAAGCAAGCGUCUGUGACGCAAUCAAAGCCUAGUUCAGAAGUGCCCACUCAUACUGAAGUUAGUGAAAGAUCUACCCCGGAUUUUGCAGAUGCUUGGAGUGACGAUAACUGGGAGGACUUGAACGAGAACGAUGCAAUUUCAAGUAUGCAAAAUGAUUUACUAGAGGCUAAGCAAGAAAUUUCACACUUUAAUCGAAGUGCUGUGCAAAAGGCAGAUGAUGGUGCAAACAGUGACAGUGACUACGGAGACUGGGGCAACGAUGAUUGGGGGCUCGAACCUGUGGCACCAAAAGCAAAAACUAGUGAGAAACAUAAAGAAAUGUCUGACCAAAAGUUCUCUGGUCCAGACGACACUCAAGAUUUAAAUGCCUGGCCCCAACCUGACCCUUCGCCUAGGUCUGUCGCAAAUCUCCUUGGUAUGGAAAAUAGCUCUGGUGACGAUUUUCUUGACAUUGGAUCGAGCGUACCAAUGGGCAUCGGCAGCAGCUGGGGUGAUGCCGAUGAGUGGCCUCCAAGGGCUAAAAUGCAGCAAGCUAAAAACAGCAAACCGCCUCCUCUUAACGCCAAGAAACAACCCAAAGAAGAAUUUCAAGAGAAACCUUUUGCUGACCAAGAAGCACAGCGCCCAGUGCAAAAAGUAGGUGAGAUGUCUAUGAAUGAGAGUCCGUCUUCCUGGAACGUUGAAGGUGACUGGGAAGGAGAUGGUUGGGGGGACCUUGGAGAAACUACAACAACCUUCGAAAAAGAGGCUGCGCCAUCGCAACCUGAUGACAAAGAGGCUAAAAAGGCGGAACUUUUGAAAAAGAGGGAAGAGCGGAAACAGCAAAGAGAACAAGCCAUGCGCGAAAGAAAACAGAAAGGUGGUGGGGCUUUGAAAUUAGGAGCUGUUAAAAAGGUCACUAAAGGUGAAUUUGAUUAGGGAUUAAUUUUAAGCAAUGUCAACAUACACACCUGAAA